AUGGUGGUCCUAGGAAGUUCACAGAAACCUAUAUUGACUUCUCUACUUCUGAGGGAGGCUCUAUCUCGGGAAACAGUUGUUUCAGAUAUAAGAAUCGCACUUCUAGAGAAAUACAUAUAUCAUGUGGUCAUGUUAGGUAAUGAAGAUGGGAACCAAUCACAUGGAGAUACAACAAGAAGAGCUGAAAAUAGAGGGUGUUUCAUAUAUAAGAAUGUUUGUGUACAGAAAUCACAGGGACUUGGUUGCAAGGAAAAAGGUUUCUGCUCUCACAAGCAACUGGAGAUCCCAAAGAGCCCAAAUAAUGCUAUGGAGUUCUUGUGUAGAUCAUGGAGCGCUUCUGCCUCUGAUUUCCUAAAUAUAUUUUCAUCCAGAAAUAUCUUAGCACCCAGUGACAUAAACAAAGUAGAAGAAGAUCAAGAGCACGAAGAUGACACGAUGAAUAGCAUCCCCGGAAUGUACAGAGCUACAAUCAAGGAGGACAACAUUCGGAUCCUAACACCUUUCUGGUUUAUCAAUCCGUACAUUGAAUUGUGUUGUUCCAUGGAAUUCAAUCACAUAAAGACUUGGCUGAAAGGGAAAUCAUUGAAAAGCUUCUUAAGAUCACGUAAAGAGAAGAAGAAAGAGGAAACCCGACUUAGAACAUCCCAAUUACAUGCUGCACUUUCACUCACACAGCUUGCUGCAGCCAUUGCUGAAAUAAGCAGAGGAAAACAGGAUUUCAGUCAAGUCCACAAAGGCAUGCUUGGGGCAUCUGGUCAGGAUAUGGGUGAAGUAGUAGCUUCAGCUGCAGCUUUGAUAACCACAGCAUUUGCUGAAGCAGCAGAAUCAUUGGGUGCACAAAGAGCCCAAGUUCGAGCAGCAGUUAAUUCCGGCAUGGCCAUCCAAGCUCCAAUCGAUAUGAUUGCAGUAACAGCAACAGCAGCAACAUGUCUAAGAGGAGCUGCAAUUCUAAGAUCGAGAACCAUGUCGAACUCCCCAGCGAGCACCCAGGAGAUGCUAAGAAUGGAUGCUCAAAUAUGCAUAAUCAUGCCAUCAGGUGGGAAAUUUGACUAUAUUCCAAACCUUUUCUGCAUACUACGAAUAAGAUAA